AUGUCGGUGCCAUCACGAGCAGAUGCUGCACGCAAAACCGAUGCGAGACGAACGGAGUCAUCAGUCCUAAGUGUUGGGCCUGCAAUAGGAGAGCUAUUAUUAGGGUUGUGGGAGGUGGAUGAAAAACUCGUGGAGCCGCUAAACAUACUGAUGCGUCUGUCUGUUGCGUUGGAUAAGAGCCCAUCUGGGUUGGGAGUGAAUGGAACUAAGGGAGACAAGAUGACACCGAAAUCAACUGAAGGACAGUACAGACAACCAAAAGUGGUGGAAAACUAUAUGAAUAUUGAACCGAGUUAUUGCUAUGAAUCCAUAAUUACACAAAAUACAAAACUAAAUGUUCCAUCUAAGCUGAAACGCAUCUUCUUUGAAUGGAAGAAGAACGGUUUCAACCCCUUGGAGAAAGAUCUUCAGAUAAUCGUUGUGCUUGGUCUUAAUAUGGACGAGUAUCCCACAUUUCGCAUAAGCAUAAUUACUGGUGACAUCCCACCAAACAAACACAGUCGUAUUGCAGCUCCCAUAAAAGCUAUAUUUAGCCAGAAACAGUACAGCGGUAAGCAUCGUGUGCUUCCUCCACAGACUUCACCAAACGAAGUGAGCGAAGACGAUUAUCCAACCAUCACCUUUAUGCCCAGUGACAUCGUGGUACCCAUAUCUGCAGAAGUUGACCAGGCCACACACAGAUGGAGAUUUAAAACCAGAUGGCAGAACUAA